UUUGCUUUUCAUCUUCUUUCUUUCGUCGCUGCUGUUUGGCUUCCUUGCGUCGCAGGAGGAGGUGUGAGAUUGCUCGAGUGGCUUCUUCGCCUACUUCGUUGUUGUUCGACUUCGCUCCUUCGACGACGUUCCCUUUUCCUGUCGGAUCGGAAGUUACGACAUUUUGAUCGGAAGUAAGGACGCGAGCUCGCUCGCUGUGAAGUUUUGAGUUGGAGAACAUGGAGGCUAGUCUAGAGAAUGAUGAGGAGUAUGUCCUACUUGACUUGGAGAAUGUUUGCAUGCAGGCUGAUAUUCCAGCCAAUGCUCCGUAUACUCUUUCUGGCUUGGACACACUAAAUCCUACGCUUACUAUAGGGAAUCGUCUGAAGUUGAUUGGCGAGUAUCAAGAAACAAUUGGAACUUGCUAUAUGUUCUGUGAACGAGAUGCUGAAGCAGCUGUGAAGAAGACUGAUAUAGGGUCAUGUGGUGGUAAUUUUCCCAAGAACCAGCAACACACAGGUGGUCCGAAUCAAUCUCCAUGCAAGCAAAUCAGGCUCGUUGCUAGCACUCAAAAAAUUCUUAAGUUCAGGUUGCAGGCUGAUGUGCAAGCCGAAAAUGCCCUUUGAUUUUGGGCAG